AUGGUAGAGUUUGCCAUCAACAAUUCGGUGCAUGCGUCCACGACACAUACACCGUUUUACGUGAAUGGCUUACGCCAUCCGCGUGUACCCACCUUACUAGAGUGUAACUCUGGUUUAAGGGGGGGAGGGACUCGCGCGAGCAAAAACCGAUUUGGUUCACGCUCAUCACGCUCUGACGAGGAAGUCAUUGCGUUUGAUGCCGAUAUCGAUAACAUCGAUAUCGAAGAAGAUGAUGCCAGUGAGAGUGCGGAAGCCCUCACUGAAGAAGAUGAUCCCAGUGAGAGUGCGGAAGCCCUCACUGAAGAAAAGGUUGAUGUUGCUGCAGUGCGCUCACAGCACACUGAAGCUAACGAGUCAUCAGAUGAGUUCAUACUGCUCGUGAAACGGUAG